AUUUAGUAUAAUAAUAAAAUUUUUAAUUAAAAGCCUUCAAACUGGAUAUAAUUAACGGAUUAAUUGUUUUAGCUAUCACAUUGAUAGCAAUAUACAUCUAUUUGUCAAUAUGGUGUAGAAAUGAUUACUGGUCUAAACAAGGCAUUAAUGGUCCCUCACCUCUACCAAUAUUUGGCAAUAUUAUGAACGUGCUCAUUUCAAGUCAAAAGGAUCGUCUACUUGGCUACCAAAAGAAAUAUGGCAAAAUAUACGGCCAUUACAUGGGAAGCAUACCGGUGCUAAGAAUCGCCGACCCGGAGCUAAUCAAAUUAAUUCUGGUGAAGGACUUCCACGUGUUCGUCGACCGGAACAUAGUAUGGGCGCCGAAAAACUCGAUCCGUACCCGCAAUCUGAACCAACUGUGCGGCGACGACUGGAAACGUGUCCGCUCUAUCGUGACGCCUAUUUUCUCGUCGGGAAAAAUGCGGCGAAUGUACCCUCAGAUUAGGCAAUGUUUGGCGUCAUUCCUGCACUACUUGGACGUGCUGGCUGAAAAUCGCCAAGAAUUAGACAUGCUCGAAACGUUUAGCAAGUUUUUGCUAGAUGUGAAUGCUACAACAAUUUUCGCUACGAAACUAGAUUUGUAUAAAUCGGCGACAGAUGGCAACACUACUAGUGAACACCCGUUUGUUUUCCACGCGAGAGAUAAGUUGGUGUUUAAGGCCUGGAAAGAGAUGGCGUCACUAGUGCUGCCAAAGUUUUUCCUUAAAUUGAUACGUUUGUCGGAUACAAAAGCUAAUAAAUUUUUCGAGGGUUAUAUCCGCCACAUGUUAAAGGAUAGACGCGAUAAUCCGGGUAAGAAACAUCAGGAUUUUGUUCAGCUGCUUAUGGAUGCUGAAGUAACUGAUAGGAAGCCUGGCGAUGCUAGUGUCACCACUCAGGAUGAUAAGGAUAAAAGCGAGCUUCAUCAUGUUAAUCAAGAGGUGUAA